GGGAGGAGGAGGAGGAGGCAGCAGUAGUAGCCCCAGUCCUAGAGGAUCGCUCCGGAGGACGGAGCCAGGGCUGGAGGGAGCCCUCAGCAAAUACACCAACCUCCUCCAGGGAUGGCAGAGCAGGUACUUCAUGCUGGAUUUUGAAACUGGAAUUCUACAGUAUUUUGUGAAUGAACAAAGUAAAAAUCAGAAGCCACGAGGAGUGCUGUCCUUAGCUGGAGCUGUAGUUUCCCUCAGUGAUGAAGCACCAAACAUGUUGGUGGUAUACUCUGCUAACGGAGAAAUGUAUAAACUGAGAGCUAGUGAUACAAAGGAGAGACAAUACUGGGUGACUCAGCUACGAUCUUGUGCCAAGUACCAUACGGAAAAUAAUUCAAAGAGCACUCCAACCUCACGAAUGAAAAGCUUAUCUCUCUUGCCCCUUGGAGCAAUCAACACAUCUCCAAGUUUUCAGAAAAACCUGAAUCAGAGUGGGCCACCAGUUGUCACCAUUACACAUCACAAAUCGCCUGCAGCAGCACGAAGAGCCAAGAACCAGUGCCCUGGCCAGCUUCAUGAAGUCAGAGAGAUCAUGAGCCAGGUGGAGGGACAACAAAAGAAUCUUGUACAAGCCAUUGAAUCUCUUCCAGGUUCUGGUCCUCUUUCUGCCUUGGAUCAAGACUUAUUGCUAUUAAAAGCUACCUCUGCUGCUGCCCUCUGCUGCCUUGGAGAAUGCCUGCAUUUGCUACAACAAAGCAUAAAUCAAGUGAGCACACAUGGUAACAGGACAUUGCCUUCAGAAAACAUUCUAGGAUGGCAUGGACCAAAGUCACAUUCCACAGAGCCACUGAAAAAUGGUGCUCUUAGUUCCUUGACAGCUGCCAGUGCCAAUCUGACAUGGUCGAUAGUACCAGGUACAACACAGGAUGAACACAUGCAUUCAUCUCGUGAAUUGGUCUUGGUUGAAGAUGAGGUGACAGACACUGAAGAUAAUGAAGAGGAUGAUUUAGGAGUCAGGGAUGAUCAGCGUAGUAUAAUUCUUCACCUUAUUUCACAACUCAAACUUGGAAUGGACCUAACAAGGGUAGUCCUUCCAACCUUUAUUUUGGAGAAGAGGUCCCUGCUGGAGAUGUACGCCAACUUUUUGGCCCAUCCAGACCUGCUUUUGUCAGUUUCAUCUGCAGCAACUCCGGAGGAGAGAAUAAUUUCCUUUGUGGAGUAUUACUUAACAGCUUUUCACGAAGGCAGGAAAGGAGCUGUAGCCAAGAAGCCAUAUAACCCAAUUAUUGGGGAAACUUUUCAUUGCUCUUGGGAUGUGCCUAAAGACAGGGUGCAAGCAUUCAGAACUACCAGUGCCUCUGCAAGUCUUAAGGGCCCAGCUUCAUCUGAAUGCUACAAACUGAGGUUUGUAGCUGAACAAGUAUCCCAUCACCCGCCUAUAUCUUGCUUUUACUGCGAGUGCAAAGAGAAGAAGAUGUGUGCAAAUGUUCACGUAUGGACUAAAAGCAAGUUCAUGGGGAUGUCAAUAGGUGUUUCUAUGGUAGGUGAAGGCGUUCUUUAUCUCAUGGAACAUGAGGAGGAGUAUGUGUUCACACUGCCGUGUGCCUAUGCGCGCUCUAUACUUACCAUUCCCUGGGUGGAGCUUGGAGGGAAAGUUAACAUUCACUGUGCCAAGACUGGCUACUCAGCUGCUGUCACGUUCCACACCAAACCUUUCUAUGGGGGAAAACUGCACAGGGUUACAGCAGAGGUGAAACAUAACCCAACCAAUACCAUAGUAUGUAAGGCACAAGGGGAGUGGAAUGGCACACUGGAAUUUACGUACAGCAAUGGGGAAACCAAAAUAAUCGACACCACCAAACUACCCAUAAUUCGCAAGAAGAUCAGACCAAUAGCAAAGCAAGGCCCAUUUGAGUCAAGGUUCUUCCAGUCCUUUUUAAAAUGCAUAGCUUUGGCUAAAACAACCUAUUUCCUAGUGCAACCCACUUCUUUUCUCUCGACGAACUCUGAACUCUUUCUCCACAUUAUCCUAUGGUCUGAUUUGCUACACAGGCAUCUCUGGCAACAAGUCACCAAUGCUCUGAAGGACGGCAACAUUAAUUUAGCUACAGACCACAAGUGUUUCCUUGAGGAGAGACAGCGAGCAGAGGAGAGACAGCGAGCCUCUAACAAUACACCCUGGAAACCAAAAUAUUUUAUCAAAGAGGGUGAUGGGUGGCUAUAUAUUGAUCCCCUCUGGAAGAACUGUUGAUAAAACUCACCUGGACUCACAAGAAGCCCAUUUUCUAAAGGCAUUAAAAAGAUGCACUAUUUAAAUUUCAGGUGUGAUGAAGUGUGGCUGUAAAGUAAAGCUGCUUAUUCCAAAUAAUGCAGCUCAGAACAGCUGAAAGAUCCUGUUUAUAGAAGAUAUCUUACGUGCAUAUAUUAGAUAUGUACACCCUGCUGUGUAUUGGUAUAAUAUAUAUAUAUGUAUGUAUACAGAAACAGACAGUAAUUAAGGAUCUGAUCUUUUGCACUCAAGUCAGUGUGCACCCACAUUGCUUGCAAGAUCAGGCUUCACACUGGUAAUGGUCACUUUUUUUAUUAUUAUUGUUGGAAGUUUUCUAUUUUUCACAUUGCCAAAAACGUUUUGCACUUGAAAUCACUUGACACUGACAGCCAUUUACAGUAAAACAUGUGACUAAAAUGACUUGCUUUAUCUGACAGAAGAAAGAUUGUUUUCUCUGGCUUGAUAUUUGUGAAUAAUGCAAUGAAACACUCAUUGCCUUGUAGGAAGACAGGGGCGUCUAAGCAAUCUUGUUUAUCUAUCCUCAUUUUGCCCCCUGGGAAUUUGGCUGUCCUGGUGAAUCACUUGCCAAUGGAUAAACCAGAGACUUCUGUAAUGCCCUGCUUUCCAAGCCAUGAAUUGUUCUUUUAAACUCUUAAUUCUGCCCUCUUAUAUAUCAUUCAGUUGGCUUCACUAGUCACUUUGACAGUGGCUUGUAAAUAAAGAGACUAUGUCUAUGUUUUUAAUUACUGGUCCUGCAGCAGAAAAUACAUUUAAUUGCCAAGAGCUAACCUCUUGGCAUAAGUAAGGGCUUUACAAAAUUAUGGGAGAAUUCCACAUUGUUUUUGUGGUGUAAAAGAAAUGCCCUAAAAUAUUAACUCUUUAACAGUAGGGCAGAGAACAAUUUUACCUUCUGUGUAUUAACUUUUUGUAGUCAAUGUAUCGAUCCUAAUUUCAUUUUCCAAAUGCUACUAGCUGGGAGGUAAAUCCAACCCAUAACAUUUUAGUUACUGGACUGGGAAAUUUUGUGCACAGAAGCCACUUGUAUGCACGUCUUUCCUGUCUAAAUAGGUAUGUGAUGAAGCCUAGAGGCUUCAGGGCUACUAUGUAGUGUGAAUGCUGAAUGAAUUAAGAUUUGACACAAGGGUGCUGUGUGUUUAACCGAUGUUGAACUAUUCCUAGAGAAGACUAUGAUGUGUGAGGAACUCUGUCAGGAAAAGGACUACAAAAACUGUUUCAGAGUGGGAAAAACAGCAUACAAAUCUAUCAUGGAAAUGACACUUUAUGAAAUUAAGGUGACUAAAUCCAUAGUUAUAAUUUCUGCUCACAUUGCUUAAUGGCAUAAAUGCCCCUUAAACAUUGUUAUAAACACUCCAUUGUUUUUGUGCCUUGUCUUCUGGAACUCACUUCACAUUUUGUACACACUGUUAGCAUUUAAGUAUUUUUUUCUGCCGAAAUCUAAGAUGAUAGUCCAAACUAUACACAUGUAUUUAUUUAAAGGAAUGUAUUACAAAGUUAAGAGCAUCACUAUUCACCAGAAUAACCAGUAACCAAGCCCAGCUUCUGACCUACAUAUUCUCUUCUUGCAAAUGAAAGCCACUGUAUUUAUAAAAGCAAAUUUUCUUAAAUAUGUUGAAACUCUGUUUUAAAUAAAAUAAAACCAUACACUCUGAGUGUAUAAAAUCUUGUUUUUAAAAGGAAAGCGCUUAUAAAUAAGCCUCUUGUGGUCAACAUCUUAUGAAUUGACUAAUAGUACCAAAAUCUAAUUAGCACUACUUGCAUAAAACUUUUAUUUUAAAGAAGUUACUCCAGUAAGAAAUCAGUGAACAUGUGAGAAAAUAUAUUUUGCUCAUUCACCAAAGAACUAGUUACAUUCUUACACAAUUUUUUCUAGGUCUCCGUUUAUUUCCCUUUGCUGUUUUGAUGAUGGUUAUCAAGGCUACAGGAUGUAGCUACAAAACACACAAUAACUGUGAAGUAUUAAACCUUUUUUACAUGGCUAUUUCACACUGCAUGUUUUUAAAAAAUAUUGCAGUUGUGUUCUGGCGAACAUCUUGCUUUCUAAAUGUUUUUGGUAAUGAAACAAGUGCUGCCAUUAAUGAAAUCUUGUAGGGUUUAUUUUCCAAGGCACAGGCACAUUUUGGGAUAGUACUAAUCAACAAGCGAUCCAAAAGAGUAAACCAGGAGACCCUUUCCAUCCCAUUUAAACACAACCUCUCUCAUAUUUCACUUAUGAUAUGAAAAAGUAACAUGCCUUAUUUGUAGGUCAUUGUUUGUCUUGCACUUGCAAUCAUUUCCUUUCAGUGUAGAUACUGUACACUUUGAAUUGUAAUGUACAUUUUUAUAUAAUUCCAAUUAACCUUUCUGCACAGCUGUAGGAUCUAUGCAAUUGUUUCUUAAAUAGAACUGUUCUUAAACAAUUUAUACUUAUUUGUUAAGUUCUAGUUUUCUGGCAGUCACUUCUGAUUAGCUUUCCUUUCCUAAUUUGUGAAUUAAAAUCACAAUAUGAAAGCACUCAGUAGAUAUUACUUGCAUUUAUUGGUUGCUAAAUGGUCCGGCUAGCUUUUUACUGUUCCAUUGCCCAUAACUACAUAAUACUGUUUCCAAAGUUCACCAUUUAACAUCCAGUGUAUCGUUCAUUCUAUUUCAGUAAGUCAUGCAAUAAGAUUUGGGGGACUUUUAUAUAAUGAACAGGUAAUUUGUGCAAUAUUGUUUUCUCAAGUCAAGCAUUGGUCUAAAUCUCCAAUAUUGGCUUGCAACUGGAUCCCAGCAAUACUACAUCCUGCAGGUGUAUAAAAAAGAGGUGAACCCAAAGUGCAGUUUUAGUUCAAGUGUACAGCCCAGGACAGAAAAAAUUCAAGAACUAUGAAAAACCCAUUGGGCACACAGCAUUGUAUUUUCACUUGUUUGUUAUUGUAUGAGUAUUGACCCUUACUGUCUAAUUCAGACUUAAUGAACAUCUGUGGGGAAACAUUAAGUGGAGAUAAGGACAAAGUGAACAGAGCCCUGAUCUCUGUCUGAUCAGAUCUGACUUAUAUGUUGCCUGCUAAUCCCCACAGGAGUGAGAUUUCAGGGGUCCAGACCCAUAGAGGUUUAUGGAACUAGAGCUUUCCAACAGUUCUAGGAAUUAUAUAUAUCCAAAGGAACGAUCAGUUCCUUCUCUCCUGUUGCUGUGAAUGCUCUUUAUUGUCCACAGCCAUGAUGUACUGCGUUGGCUUUGAGCCAGUAUAUAGAACGUUCCUUGGAUACCUUUGUAAUGCCCUGUAUUUCAAAAGGGUUUCAUUUAUAUUCAUAUUAAGAAAGGAGGCAACUGAAAUCAGCCUGAAUACAGAAAUAUUCCCAAAGAAGGUUACAUUAACACUAUUUGGUAAAUGUCUGUUAAAUCACAUUUGGAGGGAUUCUGCAGAAUUCUCCAAGAGUGCCACUUGCUUCCAUAUCACAAAGAGUACAUUUAGCAGCAUGCAUUCUGGACUCUGACUCAAGCAGAAAAUUAAGUAGAGCAUCUUGCCCCCAAUAAUCAAGUUUAGUUGGACUUAGAUUUAGUCAUGCUGAAUUUCAAGUAGAUCUCUUGAAAGGAACAGCAUUUGUUAGUCAUAAUCUGGUCCCAAUGUCUUCUGCGCUAACUCUAGAUUAAAGCCACUGAACUCAGAUUUGGGAGAAAUCCUCCUAAAGUAUCCAGGCUGAAUCAGAUUUUAAAGGUUUCUACUGGAGACUAAAGGCCCAGUUAUAUUAAGAGACCCUCACGAUCACCAUAGAUAGGUGGAACUGUAUAAAUCAGAGGUUUUUUUUAUAAAUAUAUACCAAUUUUUAUCAGACUUAUAACAGACUUUCAGUAUGCUUAAAGGAUUAUCAGUUGCAGACGAUAAAAUCAUAGAAUCGUAUCUCUAUUUAAAUAUUACUGUGCACUGUGACAAUCUUCUCCUCACACAUCCCUCCCUUUAUCAGACUUUUUGGAUAAAGGAAAAGAACAUGAAGAGAAAAUUGUAAACAGGCCACAAACCCAAUGUAGAUAAAGUAACAACACUGCAAGAACUGUGUGAUUUCAAUGAGCUCCCAAACUGGCCCCCAGUUACUGCUAAAAGAGAACAUCUGAUUUCCAAAUUAAAAACGGGUAACGCUCCUGAUUGUGAUAACAUCCCUCCUGAACUAUUAAAAGCAAAUACAGAUUGGUGGGCUCCUGUUCUCACAAGUUUGUUUACAUGGAUUUCAAUGAACAUAGUUCAGGUCCUUAGCAAAGUAUCCUUAGAAGGUAACCAAGUAGUUAAUAAGAAAGGAAUAGCAGCCAAUCACUUAACACAAAACUUGAUUUAACUUUAUUUUCCCUAUAGUCAACAACGGGUUUGCAUUGAGCUUUUAAGCAACAAAGUAAUAUAAUCUCAAUGACAAAGGGUCAGAAAUCCAGAUUCUUAUUUUGUGAAAAUGUUGCCACUGCAUUGAUUUAAUAAUCUCUUUACUCAAAAAUGAAUUUACAAAUAAAAAUUAUACAUCUGAGAAGAAAAGUCAGCAGUAACAUUCUCACUGAGCAAUAGAUACUUAGGUUCUUUUUUGUUUGGAAGGUACAUACUAUUCUGCUUAACACCAAGACCUCUGGUAUAAGCUGUUUCCUUUAUCAAAAUUAUAACCUGUGGCUGUCAAGUUUCCCCACAUUUUGUAUUUUAUUUUAAUAAAAUAACUAAGUAAUAGUCAAGUUUGUAAAGUUUCCUAUACCUGGAAAGUGAACAUGUUCAAUCUCCAUUUGUAAUUUAGUGCACUUGAUAAACUGUCUUUAAUAAAAUAUAAAAGACAAAGCACAUAUCCAAGUCAUAGUUUCAUCAACAGAAACACUAAAGAAAGAUAUGGAGAAAAGCUAUUCAUUUCCAUGAACCCAACUUGAUGAAAAAGGCAAGUAGGCUUAUAAGCCCUGCUGCCUUUGUAGUAGCCACAGAAAGUUUGGAUACUUGUCAAUUUUUUCCUUAAAAGGCCAAAUUAUUGUAUAUGGUACAUACAUAGCUAAACAAGCAAGUUCAGAAAAUACCAGGUGCUAUGGUGCUCAGUAGCAUUCAUUUCUGUCGUGUCAGACGUAAGAUACAAAUGUAGCCCUUGUAUCUACCUACUCUGUGCAUGAUCUGUCCUGUGUAGUUGUAUUUCAGGAACACACCUGUGUAAGGACAGCAAGACCACCUCUUCCCAAAACAAAUUACAUCAUCCAGUUUUAUAAUCUGUCCUGUGAUUAGUGAAAUUGCAGCUUGGUUUACAGUCCUUGAAACAUACAGCAAUGGGAGAGAUAUCAUGUAGUCUUCUAAAAUAAAUACCUCCAAAGGAGUUGUUCUAGUAGCUGAAUAUAAAAAUACCCACACGUCUGAAAGUGUCAGACUAAGAAUAAUCAAUUCAUAUAUUUUUCCAUUCCAGUUAAGAUAUUGCUGUUCAGCUGAACUUAAAAAAAACUGACAAGUAUGCAUGUGCCAAGGACCAAAUUAAAGGGCUCUUUGGUGCAGUCAGUCCAAAUUCAAUAGAGUGGAAGGAUAAUAUGUACCAGUUU